AUGGAUCUGCGUGAUGUGCUUAACACUUCUGACAAUGGCGAACGCGGUCCGCCGAAAGCCCCCCCUACGCCUCAGCAACAGCAUCAAAGCCGCCCAGCCCAAAGCCCAGCCCAGUAUGGAUAUCGAGAGUACGGUCAACAGCCGCCUCAUCCAUCUCCCGGCAAGCCGAUAGGUCAAGAUUAUCCUCGACAUCCUCACCAGCAACCACCGAGUGCGUACCCCCCGCCAUCGCCAUACCAAACUUCACCCGUACAAUACCCGCCACGUGCGUCGCAGUCUCUUCCUCAUCACUCAGGCCCUUUUCACGAUGCGCGAUCUCCUGGAGGCAUGCCGGUGCCGGCGCAGUCGCCGUACCGACCUACACCGACUCCGACCAAUGCCCCUGGAGGCUCGACAGGAUAUCCAUUCCCUGCCACCCAAGUAGUUCAGGAGAUGACCAGUCCUAACCAACGGCAUCAUUACCCCCCUGGCCACUACGCCCAACAAUCGCAAAGCCAAGACGUCUAUGCACAGAGGGACGGUGCACACUCGUCUGGAGGCUAUGUGCAACAGCGCCAAGUCCCACAAACACCCCCAAUCAGCACGGCUGCGGGCCCAUCACAACAAUAUUUGCACCAACGAUCACAAUCUACACAGUCUACACCAACACCAACCUCUGCCCAUAGCCAACAGCAUUUCGGUCCGCCACAUGCUCACGGUAGUCCCGUUCAGGCUUCACGCCCGAGUAUUGAGUACCGACAACCUUCACAGCCUCCCACACCUCUCGGCCCGCCGCAAACGACCAGUGCUCGACCUGCGCCAGGCCUACCGGGGAGCUUCACACACCCUCCUAGUCCAUACCAGCAAAGAGUGGCAAGUCUAGGGAAUGGCCCUCAACCGCAGUCACCUGCAUCAGCUAAUGCAACUUUGCGCCGGGUGUCAGGCCCAGGUCAUCAAGAAUCACCAGUAGCGGAUCCUCACCAGCGCUCCAAGUCUCUCCAUUCUCGAGAGCCUAGCUUAUCCAUUAGCCCUCGGACCCGAGUAGCCUCCAUUGCUAGCAAUUCAGACCGUGCGAUGGCAUCUCCAGUUGAUAUGGAGAAAAAAUCUCUCCCGAUAUCCCAAACAGUCAUAGUAGACUUGGAUCGCGCCGUCACUCCCGCGAAACGCAAGCUGGAUGACCGGAAUCUCAGCCCCAAGGAGCUAGAGCACAAGGAAGCGCGGCCACCACCGAGUGAGCUAAAUGGCGCUCAUAUAGGCAACAGCCAAACUACACCAGCCCAGUCUGCUCCGAGGAAAAAGCGCAUCUCACGAGCGCAGCCGCCUAUCUGGGCCCAGAAUGCCCACUCACUCGGCGGCAAGAUGCCCAACCAGGCCAACUUCGUCCUUCAGAAGCGAAUACACUCGCACAUAAAUGGGAAAGUAGAUGGAGGUAGCAAGGCCGACAGAUCCAGUCGAAAUGCUUCCCCUGAGGCAGCACGCACAUCAACAUCUACGGCUUCGAAACCGGCACCUGCAGUCGUGGAAGCUGGACCACAGGACAUUCUGGGGCCUUGGGAAGCUAGCAUAACCGGUGUAAAGCCGUAUGAGGAGAUAUCAAAAACGGUGGCUGAUUUUGUCUUUAUCCACGUUGUGAAUAACCCAGACAUCAAGGAGAUUACGAGCCGGGGCAUCCAAUUCGAGAUUGAAGCAAAACUUGGUACGCUCAUCGACAAGGACACAAACUAUCGUGUGGACAGAUUAUUAGACACAGAGUGCGUUCUUCAUGACACGGGCAGAGUCGCGUUCAAAAGCAGCAUGACAGAGGCGCACCACAAAGCAUUCAACGACUUCCUGAACCAGAUAGUCAUCCAGACAGACCCUCGCGCCCCGAACGGGGCUGGUCGCGUUCAAGUGCAUUACAAACACCGUCGCGAAGUUGACCGAUACUUUGAAUUACCUCCCGACCUGCAGAAUCGUCUGCCGGGAUGUGUGAGGUCCAGGCUAGGAUCUCGCGUCAGAAACGCCAAAGCUAGAGUAACAUAUGACCAAAAGACAGGUCAGGUUCUCAACAAAAUCAUCAAAGCCAGAGUAGCGGAUAUUGAUAUCCACAUGCCAAACAGCCCUAUGGACUGUCGACUCAGUAUCAAUCUUGAAAUGAACUGGGAUGGCCCUGUGGAAGAGCUGGAGCGGCUAGGGCCUACUCAAAACGACAAGUCGUCGGAGAGGCAAAAAGACCGCUUGAGCUAUACUCAAGGACAUUAUCAAAUUGACCUGACACAGGUCACACUAUCAACACCAGGUCCAUCGAGUACCCAGAAGAUGGAGAAGGAGCACGAACUCGAAAUCGAACUGGCUUCUGCAAUUGUGCUUGACCAAGGGGCGAAAGCCAUGAGCGGGGCGCCGCACCGCUACCAGGAGUUGAUUGAGGGUUUUCUGGACAAUGUACGGGUGCUAGCGCGGAAGGCGCGAGAAUUUGGGUGA